UCGUAGAGAUAAAGGACAGUGUCACAGCUCACUGCAGCAGCAUGUAAACAGAACAGUCUCAGCCGGGCGACGCAAAAUACAAGACUUACCUUAAAAAGAUUCCCGCAAGGUAACUCUGAAUACCAUUAAGGUACACAGGAGGAACUCAUAAGAUAAGAUGAAUCAAGCAGAGAUUCGAAAGCUGAUCCCGGCGCUGCGAGUGGCCAUACAAGGGAAGCACAGGAAGUUCUCCAGCCCCAAGGGUCCUGAGGGCAGACUCCACAUGCUGCGCACCUCAGUCUCUCACCUCAUCAGAGAUGAGAGGAUUGAACUAUAUUACAACCGGGCUGAUGAGACUAGAGGCUAUGCUGAACGACUCAUUGGAGAAGCCAUUAAGUAUGGAGACUGUCACAGACAAACAAUGGAUAUGGCUACCUACUGGCUGACAGAGAAGCAGCUUGUUCAUAAAUUAUUUAAAGUUUUAGUUCCACGCUACAAGGAUUCGAAAGAUUCCUACACACGUAUGCACAAAGCUCCAAACUUGUAUCCAGGCAGCUUUUAUGAACGGUGUGUUCUGGAAUUAAGAGGUAACCCAUUUCCUCCACUUCAACAAAAGGUCUCGUCACGAAACUGGGUGCACAACAUUCUCCUGGAAGAAGCAUAUAGAGAAUACAAGACACAAAAGAAAACUAUGCAAGAAAAUGAAACUAGUAAUUGAAUGAAUUUAACAAAAUUCACACUUUACUGUAAAUGUUUUCAGAGUAAAGGCAGUUUGAACAAACUUAGGAAUUUUUACACAAUUUGAUAAUGGUGCAAGAUGGACUGAAGUGGAAACAUUUUCCAUUUUCUGAUGUUUGGUUUGAUCAUCAUAUCUUCAGCCACAUCACUGUGACUCAUCGUCUGCAAGCUUAGGCAUACUGUAUAUAUAUUUGACUUUUGGAUGUUAUGAAAAUUGGGCAUUAAAGUUAACAACUGUUCAAAUCUUCAUAAUUAUUAAGUUUGUUUUUAAUGGUAUCUAAAGUUGGAAACCCAGUAAUAAAAAACACUGAAUAUAAAAGGAUGUAAUAUUACUGUUGGUUUAUUACGAAUAAUUAUACGGCAGUGACUUCAUCUCCCCUUCUUGCGCUUCCUUCUCUCUUCUUUCCUUCUCCCUGGUCUUCUUUUUUUCCUUUUUUAUUCACUUCUCACCUCAUUGUUCACUUUCAAUGUAGAGAACUUGCUAUUAUCUGAUGGAUUGAUAAGUCAUCACCAAGAGCUGACUCGUAUUGUAAUAUGCUGUAUCCUCUUUCAGAAGUAAACAAAACUGUAU